AUGUCUGAAUACUUUCAAAUAUGUAGAAAUAAUUUGAGAUUUGGUAAAGCAAUGGUAGCUAAGACACAUGGCUUGGAUUGGACACUGUUCUGGGAUAAAGGUCAAGGGAUGAGUUCAUCAACUCUUACCUUCCAGAUAUUGAUGGCCUUUGAGUGGCAUUCUUGCAACAUCUCAAGACUGUCAAAAACAAGAGAUUUUGUGCCUAAUCAAAGAUUGAUGUCUGCCUAUUUGCAAUGGGUUACAGAGUAUGAUGUGCAAGCCUUUGGAGUUCCGUUUGUUAAUCUGUUCUUGCCAGGCAAAAUUGUCUUGUUUGGCUGGUUCUUAUUCAACAGGGACUUAGAAAGAUUGUUUGAUUCUGGACUUGGUGACCCAAAGCUAAAGGAAGAUUUCAUAAAGCAUAUCAAUAAGGAAGCUGAAAGAUUAGGAUCAAAACCAGAAAUACUUUAUCUUCCUGGUAACAUUCAUUGGAAAUAUAAAAAACCUCUUCACAACCGAGCAAACUAG